GGUUUCAGUUACUCGUGGACAAAGCGCCGCGCGCUUGCAUUGCGGCCCGGGCGGAGUUCCCCGUCCCCUUCCCUUCCCUUCCACACCCGCACGCUCGCUCUCCCUCCGCGCCUUGCCCUCCCCUCGACUCCCAGGUCCGGCCCCUUCGGGGGAGGGUGGGGGCGCUCGGGUCUCCGGGCCUCGCGUGCGUGUGUCCGAGCAGCCCUGGGCGGUGGGCGAGGGCGCGGCCUGGGGACCCGGGAGGGGCCGGGGCGCGGGGCUGCAGGAAGUGGAGGCGGCCGCCGCGCGGGGACCGGCUUGGCGGGGUGAGAGACACCCGGAAACGGAUUCCGCUUCGGGGCCCGAGCGAGUCGGGUGCCUCCGAGGGCGCCUGAGGAGCGGGCGGGUGCUGCUGAGUAAUCCCCGCGGCGGCGGCCGGACGCCCACCUCCCACGCCGCGCCGCAGCCGGGCCGCGGCUCCUCCCUCCACGGUCCUUCCCUCCCCUUCCCUCCCCCUUCUCCCCUCCCUCCCGGCUCCGCUUGGCUCCGGGCAGGUAGAGCCGGGCUCCGGGCGCGCGCGGGGCCGCAGCAGCUGCUCCCGACCUCGCCUCGGCCCAGCGCAGGGCCUCGCGCGCCCAUGGCCGGCUCGGAGCAGCAGCGGCCGCGGCGGCGGGACGACAGAGACUCGGACGCGGCGGCGGCGGCGGCGGCGCCCCUGCAGGACGCGGAGCUGGCCCUGGCCGGCAUCAACAUGCUGCUCAACAACGGCUUCAGGGAGUCGGACCAGCUUUUCAAACAAUACAGAAAUCAUAGCCCACUAAUGAGUUUUGGAGCCAGCUUUGUCAGUUUUUUGAAUGCCAUGAUGACAUUUGAGGAAGAAAAAAUGCAGUUGGCAUGUGAUGACUUAAAAACCACAGAAAAACUGUGUGAAAGUGAAGAGGCUGGAGUAAUUGAAACAAUCAAGAAUAAAAUUAAGAAGAAUGUUGAUGUCCGAAAAUCCGCCCCCUCUAUGGUUGAUCGGCUUCAGAGGCAGAUAAUCAUAGCUGACUGUCAGGUGUACCUGGCUGUGCUUUCAUUUGUAAAACAAGAAUUGUCAGCUUAUAUCAAAGGUGGGUGGAUCCUUAGGAAAGCCUGGAAGAUUUACAAUAAAUGCUAUCUGGACAUCAAUGCCCUUCAGGAGCUGUAUCAGAAGAAGCUAACUGAAGAGUCCUUGACUUCUGAUGCUGCAAAUGAUAAUCACAUUGUGGCUGAAGGGGUGUCUGAGGAGUCUCUAAACAGACUGAAAGGUGCUGUUAGCUUUGGAUAUGGCCUUUUUCACCUUUGCAUAUCCAUGGUGCCCCCAAACCUGCUCAAAAUCAUCAACCUGCUGGGUUUUCCUGGAGACCGCCUACAGGGGCUUUCUUCACUGAUGUAUGCAAGCGAAAGUAAGGACAUGAAGGCCCCUUUAGCUACAUUAGCUCUGCUCUGGUAUCAUACUGUAGUCCGCCCGUUUUUUGCCUUGGAUGGCAGUGAUAACAAGGCAGGCCUGGAUGAAGCCAAGGAAAUUCUCCUUAAAAAAGAAGCUGCUUAUCCAAAUUCUUCCCUCUUUAUGUUUUUCAAGGGACGGAUACAACGACUAGAGUGUCAAAUCAACAGUGCCUUGACGUCUUUCCACACUGCUUUGGAACUUGCAGUAGAUCAGAGAGAAAUUCAACAUGUCUGUCUCUAUGAAAUUGGUUGGUGCAGCAUGAUAGAGCUCAAUUUCAAGGAUGCAUUUGAUUCCUUUGAGAGGCUAAAAAACGAGUCCAGGUGGUCCCAGUGCUAUUAUGCCUACUUGACUGCAGUUUGUCAGGGAGCCACUGGUGAUGUGGACGGGGCGCAGAUUGUCUUUAAAGAAGUUCAGAAACUCUUCAAAAGGAAAAACAAUCAGAUUGAACAGUUCUCGGUGAAAAAGGCAGAGCGAUUUCGGAAGCAAACCCCAACCAAAGCACUCUGUGUGUUGGCGUCCAUUGAAGUGUUGUACUUGUGGAAGGCUCUUCCAAACUGUUCCCUCCCCAACCUGCAGAGGAUGAGUCAAGCUUGCCAUGAAGUGGAUGAUUCAUCUGUUGUUGGAUUAAAGUAUUUGCUUCUUGGUGCCAUACACAAAUGUCUAGGAAACUCAGAAGAUGCUGUUCAGUACUUCCAGCGAGCUGUUAAAGAUGAAUUGUGUCGUCAGAAUAACUUAUAUGUUCAGCCGUAUGCCUGUUACGAACUUGGCUGUCUUCUAUUAGACAAACCAGAGACUGUAGGAAGAGGCAGAACUCUACUUCUUCAAGCAAAGGAGGAUUUCUCUGGCUACGACUUUGAAAACAGAUUGCAUGUCCGCAUCCAUGCUGCUCUGGCCUCUCUGAGGGAAUUGGUUCCUCAGUGACAGACCCGGAACACCCGCUCUGUCCCUCCCCACCCAGGGUCCGCACUUUAAAAUAAAAGCAGAGGACAAAGCUCUUGUGAAGAUCGGCUUUUCUUCUGAAAACCACCUGUGCCAGGGACACAUUUUCCCAGUUAAGCUGACAUAUUAAAGAUCUCCUCUUUUAAACAUGUAGCUAAAAAGUAAUAAUGAUGAGGAGGAUGAUGAUGGUAAGAAUAACAACUAACCACCUGGGGAGAGGGUUAAGUGACCUUGCUCAAACGUUUUAGUUUUGUGAUUUAUUAUUUUUAAAAUAAAAUCAAACGAAACAUCCAACCCGAGAUCCUGUAGGAACACCUACCUUAAGCACAUAUCUGAAUGGAUAACAUUACGAGGUACCUGUAAAAUUAUUAACAAUAUUAUUACAUAGCAUUUAUAUUUGUGUUUUGAAAAAAUAAAAGUGCUUUCUAGUGUUUUACUUUAUCCUCAGAAUACCCUGGUGAAUAACAUAGCACAGAUAUUAUUAACCCCAUUUUGCAGACAGUGAAACUCAGGCACAAAAAGGUGAAUUGACUUAUCACAAUUAAUUAUUCCUGUUAUCAGCAGAGCAAUGAAUAGAAAGCAGAUCUCCUAACCACCAACUGACUGAUCUUUUAUUGUAAAAAUAAUUAAUGUUAAUAGGCCAGAAUUCCGUGUUUUACUUAUUAAAAGAACAAAAUCUUCAGCUGAAGUUACGUUACCAGAAAUACUCAUCUCCAGAUUGUCUACAGAAUGUUUCAAAGCGAUGGACACUCUUUUUCCUUUGAAAGCCAACCAAGUAAGAGCAAAUAUUAAUAGAAGAUAAUUUUACAACUAAAAGUGUAACUCUUUUGCUAAUCUAUUAGCCUAGUCUAUAGAUUAGACAAACAGUAUCUACAUUUUGGGAGUUUACCUUUCUUUGUGAAAAUUGUCGAAUUACCAACUUUUGGAAAUCUUUUGAGACAUUAUUAUUUGAAAAAGUUAUUCGUGAAUGAACAUAGAUUUUGGCGUCAAAAUAUUUGCUGGUGGAACAUUUGCUGGGCUACACCGUGCCAGGAUUUAAUCAUUUUCCCCCUAGCUCAGGUUAUUUAGAUAUUAUAAAAGGAAUUCAAAGUUAUUUUUUUAUUCUUCAUUGCUAAUUUUUAUUGUCAUUUAAUUUACCUCCAUGCCCGCUACUGCAAACCUGUGGUUUUGAAGAAUCUAAAUACCUCAGUCACUUUUAAGAAUCUCUGCCAUAAUUUGGCUCAAUGUUUAAGGUUAGAUUUUUAAAGACAUUUUUAUUGAGCUAAAGAAUAUCAUUUUAGAGUGUCAUUUAUUUACAAAUUCUUUUGGCUGAAGCAUGAUCUCAUAUUAGUAUUUUAAUAUUUUCAAAAUAAAACAUGAGAAAAGCAAGUAAAAUGUUGGCAAAUUUAAUCUGAUUUGACCUUGUUUUGAGGGAAUAACCAUAAUUUAUUUGAAAGAAGUUAAUUCUCACUGAUUUUGGCUAAACUAUAUUCAUGUUUCUUCAUCUCUGUUACUGACCACUUUUCAGUAGACUGUUUCCAAAAUGUUUAUUCACAUUGACUUUCUUCCUGAUGUGAAUUUGGUGUGGGUUUUAGAUAAUAGUAAGAGAGAAGAGAUUGCUCUCCUAUAUUCAGUGAAUGAGAAGGGAACUUUUUUCUGAAGAGCAAAAUUGGUGUCCAAAAAUAUUGGAUAUCUGGGUUUUUGUUUGUUUGUUUGUUUUUCUUGAGACGGAGUCUCGCUCUGUCACCCAGGCUGGAGUGCAGUGGUGCGAUCUUGGCUCACUGCAACCUUUGCCUCCUGGGUUCACACCAUUCUCCUGCCUCAGCCUCCCAAGUAGCUGGGACUACAGGCGCCCACCACCACACCCGGCUAUUUUUUUUUUUUUUUUUUUUUUUUGUAUUUUUGGUAGAGACGGGGUUUCACCGUGUUAGCCAGGAUGGUCUCAAUCUCCUGACCUCAUGAUCCACCCACCUCAGCCUCCUAAAGUGCUGGGAUUACAGGCGUGAGCCACCGUGCCCAGCCUGGAUAUCUGGUUUUAACUAGACUGAAGGGAAGAACAUUAUGAAUCUUUAAAAUACAGCUCUUGCCAUUUUGCUCUCUUCUUAACAUGCAGCAUAGGUGACAAGCUUUUCUGUCAUGAUCGUGGAGCAUUCUGAAUUGUGACGUUUUUGUUUGAGAGUUCAUUCUUGAAUUUUCAGUUCAAAAUGUUGUUUGAGCUAUUAUUCCACAUUCAAAGAUUAUAUAAGGUCCUGUGCUUUUGAAUCUUUUUCAGAAAAUUUCUGCCUGCUUAAAAAACUACUUUUAUUUUCCCACAGAGAGUUCAGGACUUCAGAUUAGUUUGUGUUCAGCUCACUUAACUGGACAGACAGUUUUGCGUUUUGCAACACCAUCCUGUAGGUUUUCUUUACUACUCAAAGUAUAGGUCUUUUAAAAAAUUUUUAAUCUUCGUUUUUAUUAUUAUUAUUUUUUUGAGAUGGAGUCUUACUCUGUUGUCCAGGCUGGAGUGCAGUGGUGCGAUCUCUACUCACUGCAACCUCUGUUGCCCGGGUUCAAGUGAUUCUCCUGCCUGAGUCUCCCAAGUAGCUGGGAUUACAGGUGCCUGCCACCGUGCCUGGCUGAUUUUUGUAGUUUUAGUAGAAACAGGGUUUCACCACCUUGGCCAGGCUGGUCUUGAGCUCCUGACCUCAUGAUCCACCCACCUUGGCCUCUCAAAGUGCUGGGAUUACUUACAGGCAUGAACCACUGUGACUGGCCAAGUCUUUUUUUUUUUUUUUUUUUUUUUAAAGAGUCUAUCCAUCCUAGGCUUGGUACAGAUGGCCCCUGUGGUAAAUCUGUGUUAACAUGGUGGUAGACCAUGGAGAGUGGGUAGAUGGAGCUUCUAGACUCCAAAACAACAAAACCACAGUGUGAGUACACCGUCCCAUUAGGUUGACUGAAGUCUGAGUACAUUUUCUGGCCUGUGUGCUGUGACUCAUCCAACCUGUGAACUGAUUGUGAUCUGCUUGGUAACUUGGUUUGGUGUAACCUGCUCUUAACCCUUUGCUGAUGAAGAAAAUAAUCAUAUAAGUGGAACUAUUUGCAUCUAUGUGUGCUUCUUUUUUUAUGUUGUCAUCACUCACUCCUUCCCCUGUCCUAUUUUGGAGGCUCUCAAUGGAUCUUCUAACUUAUAAAUGUCAAAUAUAUUUUUGUAUUAGAUUGUGCCUAUGAUGAGAGAAAUCUCUAAUGUAUAUUUUAUGUAUGCUGAACACAUUUUUAUAAUUUGACACACUUGGAGGCAUGGUCUAGUAAUAAUAAUGUAAUAUGUACCUUGCUGGUUAAUAUAACUAAGAUUUUACCUUUACUGGGUUAGGUAUCUUUAUUUUAGCACCUGACAACUGUCUUCUACUGAGUAAAGAAUUAUAACUUUUAGAUGUCACAGAAAAUUAGAGUAUUUAUUGUCA